UGGGAUAUCGCCAGGUCAGCCUAUGCUAUACUCUCACCCGCUAUCACAAGAUCUGCUGAUCCUGAGCCAGAAGCUGAUCAUUCCUAUGGCUCUUCUUAUGGGUAUCGACCAGUCGCCUAUGGCUACUCUCACCGCUAUCACAAGAGAUCUGCUGAUCCUGAGCCAGAAGCUGAUCAUUCCUAUGGUUCUUCUUAUGGGUAUCGACCAGUCGCCUAUGGCUACUCUCACCGCUAUCACAAGAGGUCUGCUGAUCCUGAGCCAGAAGCUGAUCAUUCCUCACGCUAUCACAAGAGAUCUGCCGAUCCUGAGCCAGAAGCUGAUCAUUCCUAUGGUUCUUCUUAUGGGGAUCGACCAGUCGCCUAUGGCUACUCUCACCGCUAUCACAAGAGAUCUGCUGAUCCUGAGCCAGAAGCUGAUUCAUUCCUAUGGCUCUUCUUAUGGGUAUCGCCCAGUCGCCUAUGCUACUCUCACCGCUCUCACAAGAGGUCUGCUGAUCCUGAGCCAGAAGCUGAACCUUCUAAUGUAUAUGGUCACUCAUAUGGUUACCCCAGCUACCGUCCAGUAAUUUAUGGAUAAGGACUCAUCAGCAUAACAGCUAUAUCCUAAUAGCCAAAGAGGAGGACACAGAUGUCUAUAGCUAGCAAUAGAUGUCCAUUUGUUGUUAGUUCUUGAAUGUUCGUCAACUUCGACAAAACAAUAAAGUAUUAAUACUA